AUGAAGCGUAAAAUGUGUCAGGGUAACAUAAAAAGAACUCCUGACGAACAUUUAUCAGAGACAGAAAUGUGGUCGUUUCUCGCCUCGGCUAUAGACAAGAAGCGAGCGGCAAAGCGGAGGAGACCCGAUAUGUACAGAGAAGCUUUAUUACAACGAACAGUUCAAAGACUAAACGAUGAAAUAACAGAACGCUCUAUGAAAAGAACUAAGAAACGAAAGAGUGAGGAAAAAUACGAGUGGCAAGAUGGACCCAAUGGCUGGUGCAUGACCGACUGCAUGAACGAAGACGAUGAUGAUUUACUAGGUAUAAAUUCGUUCCUCUCUGAACUAAGUAGCACAAAACCUAACAAGCGAAAAAGAGAGGAGAUUUUGGGGAAUAAUAAUCUGAAAAGCGCAGUUUUGCCGAGUUUUAGCGAUACUUUUGGUGAGAAUAGGACAAAAAAUUUAAGUUCAAAAUCCGUUGAUGAACAAAGAAGCCCUUCGAGCGGAUCCAACAUGGCGCGUUGUCGGGCAGGUUUAUUUCAACCGCAAAUCUCGUUAGUCGAAAAAUUUGAUUCGUUGUGUUGUUAGAGACGGGAACAUGUCUAGUAUAGAUAGUAUUUUUCAUAACAUACGUAAAUUUUAAUAUUUUGUAUAUAGUGUUUGAUAUAAUUGUGUGCAAUUCAUAUGAAUUUUACUAACAGGUUUGAACUUGAUAUACUGGAUUUGUCCAUUAUCAAGAACUGAACAAGACAUUUCAGGUUUUCACUGAGUUUCGGUUAGAUAGUUGUGUAUAAAGGUUGUGGAGGUAUAUUUUCUAAAUAAAAUACAGAUAUUUAUUAUAAAUAUAUUGCAUUAUGCUUAUAUAUCUUUCUAUUUUUCAUCAAAGCUACCCAGUGA